AUGGGAGGAUUUGGAACCUGUACCCUGGAAUGUUCCAUAGGAGGAGGAGUCGGGGAUUCUGGCGUGGUGCUUGGGAAGCAGAAGGACCUGGGGAUUGUCAGGGGCGUGGCUGCAGACUUCUACCCGCUGAAGGAUUUCUCUAAGAAUGCGAUGCAGGAGAACCAUGGUGACCCGGGGUCAGCAGGUACAGGACGCAGAGUUUCUGAGGCAGACCUGGCCUUUGCAGAGCCCAGGACAGAGCCCCAGGGGGUGAGACGAGAGCAGGCUGGAGGUCCCUUCUCAGGGGACAGAGCCUCCCCGCAGUGCAUGGUCACUGGUCGGGGGCUGUCACCUUGGCCGAGACUCCUCGCGGUGACCACACACGCAGCAGAACCAGACACAGCCCGGGCCCGCACCGUCUUCAUAGUCCCUGCCGGGCUUGAGCUGCUGCUGUCCUCCGCGUCAGCCCCCUUCACCGAGGGUCUUUAUCUUGUGUGCUGGGCCUCCGUUGGCCCUGGGCUCUCCCCUCAACACGCCCCGAGUGUGCGAGGCCCGCAGUCGGCUCGGGAGACCCAGGAAUUCUUGCUGAAGCAGGACACAUGCAGGGAAGUGGUGUCAGAUACGAUUGCCAGCACGGACCUUGGGUGUCCCCUCUUCAGAGAGAAGUGGGUCCCUGUUGGCGUGUGUGGAAGGAAGUGUGUGGAUCCGGAGACCCUGUCCCAGCGCGAGGUCUUCUCCCAUGCCGAUGGCCUCUCCAGGGACCCGGGCCGGCUGGUUGGCGGAUCUGGGAGGGGAUUCUGUUCAGAUGGUUCGGAGGCGGCGGUCCACGGUCUUCAGGUGGUGAAGAAGGAGUUCUCCAAACCCCCGCUGGCCGUGAGAUGCGCAGGCCUUGGUGCAGGGCAGAGCCCCUUCCGAUGCAGCGAGUGCAGGAAGACGUUCAUGCAGAGCUCGUCGCUGACUGCGCACCGACGUGUCCACAGCGGGGAGAAGCCCUACCGCUGCGGCCAGUGCGCCCGGGCCUUCAGCGACGGCUCGUCGUUCGCAUGCCACCGGCGGGGCCACAGUGGCCGCCGGCCCUACGAGUGCGGCCAGUGCGGCCAGGCCUUUGUCCAGAGCACGGCCCUCGCGCGCCACCGGCGCUGCCGACACGCGGCCGAGAGGCCCUUCGGCUGUGCGGACUGCGGCAAGGCCUUCAGCGACCACGUCGGGCUCAGCCAGCACCAGCGCGUCCACAGCGGCGAGAAGCCCUACGGCUGCGGCCAGUGCGGCAAGGCCUUCCGCUACGGCUCGUCCCUGACCGUGCACCAGCGGGUGCACACCGGCGAGAAGCCCUACGAGUGUGCCGUGUGCCGCAAGGCCUUCGGCCACCACGCGUCCCUCACGCAGCACCGGCGGGUGCACUCCGGGGAGAAGCCCUUCGCCUGCCAGGAGUGCGGGAAGGCCUUCCGUCAGAACAUCCACCUGGCCAGCCACCUGCGCACCCACACCGGCGAGAAGCCCUUCGGCUGUGGCGACUGUGGCAAGGCCUUCAGCAUCAGCUCGCAGCUGGCCACCCACCGGCGCGUGCACACCGGGGAGAAGCCCUUCCGCUGCCCGCUGUGCAGGAAGGCCUUCACGCAGAAGGCGCACCUGGCGCAGCACCACAAGACGCACACGGGCGAGAAGCCAUACGCGUGCAAGGAGUGCGGCAAGGCCUUCAGCCAGACCACGCACCUCGCCCAGCACCGGCGCGUCCACACCGGCGAGAAGCCCUACAAGUGUGGUGAGUGUGGCAAGGCCUUCGGGGACAACUCAUCCUGCACCCAGCACCAGCGGCUGCACACCGGCCAGCGGCCCUACGAGUGCGUGGAGUGCGGGAAGGCCUUCAGCCGGACCUCCUCUCUCAUUAAGCACCAGCGGAUUCACACAGGGGAGAAACCCUUUGAGUGUAACGUGUGUGGGAAGCACUUCAUUGAACGCUCCUCCCUCACCAUCCACCAGAGAGUCCACACAGGCGAGAAGCCCUACCAGUGCAGCGACUGUGGGAAAGCCUUCAGCCAGCGCAUGAACCUCAUCGUGCACCAGAGGACUCACACCGGAGAGAAGCCCUACAUGUGCACCGUGUGCGGGAAGGCCUUCCGGAAGACCUCGUCCCUCACCCAGCACGAGCGAAUCCACACGGGAGAGAAGCCUUACCUGUGUGGGGACUGUGGGAAGGCCUUCAGCCAGAACAUGCACCUCGUAGUCCACCAGAGGACACACACUGGUGAGAAACCUUAUGUGUGUGGUGAGUGUGGGCGGGCCUUCAGCCAGAACAUGCACUUGACUGAACACCAGAGGACUCACACAGGAGAGAAACCCUACGAGUGUAAGGAGUGUGGGAAGGCCUUCAACAAGAGCUCAUCCCUCACCCUCCACCAGAGGAACCACACCGGGGAGAAGCCGUACGUGUGCAAUGAGUGUGGGAAAGCCUUCAGCCAGAGCUCGUACCUCAUCCAGCACCAGCGGUUUCACAUUGGUGUGAAGCCCUUUGAGUGCAAUGAGUGCGGCAAGGCUUUUGGCAAGAACUCAUCCCUGACUCAGCACCAGAGGAUUCACACGGGUGAGAAGCCCUACGAAUGUUACAAACCCUACAGGUGCAACGAGUGUGGGAAAUCCUUCAGCCAGAGCGCCUACCUCAUUGAACACCAGCGGAUCCACACGGGGGAGAAGCCUUACCGGUGCAGUGAGUGUGGGAGGUCCUUCAUCAAGAACUCCUCACUCACCGUCCACCAGCGGGUCCACACGGGGGAGAAGCCAUACAGGUGCAGCGAGUGUGGGAAAACCUUCAGCAGGAACACAAACCUGACCCGGCACCUGAGGAUCCACACCUAG